UAAAUGAAAUAAACUACAAGGUAAAGUGCUGGACGCUAAGCCGGAAAAAAGAAGAGGAUUUGAAGUUGAAAUACAACUGGGAAUAAAAGAUGUUGUGGGCGUCUGUGCAUUUGGCAUGAUGCGAAUAGUGCCGCCAGCCUUAUCAAGAAACGUGUGCUACAAUAUCGAAAGCAAGGCUAAGGCUAAAACACCAUCGAUAGCAGCUGCAAGUGCAGUGGUUGUCAAACUGCAUGUAAUGCGGAUAUGCAACUGUAGCGAGAAGCAACGUUAAACAGCAUCAAGUUCAAACCGCUCGGACGUUACUUCGGUUGACUUUCGCGUUCGCCGCCGUAACGCCGCUUUAAACUCACCACAGAAAGCUACGCAAGCGCACGAACGAGCCGAGGUACGUGCGCAGGUGGCGGUUAAACCCCAAACACUCUGCUGGAGCUGCUUGAGCCGGACGCAAGCAAAGCGCUUUGCUGCCUAAACUUUGCCGUCGCCAUUUGUCGUUAGUCUUUACCCGUCAGUUGUCUGUUGUUGGUUGAUCGUCGUAGAGAUUUUCAUCCAUAAGCACCGCUUGUGCUCGUCCCGCGUGUGUGUGCUAGAUCGCAUCCUGUGAAGAAAACAAAGCCCAAUAUAAUGCUGUUCAAAGCUUGAUUGAUAUCAUUUUACCAAUAACCAAUUGUGUGCAAUCAAUCGAAAAAGUGAUUGUGAAUUAUUUAACAAUAUUGAAGAUUUUUAGUUAGUUUCUAACCGAAUUGCACUUGCUUUGUUUAAAAAAAAAACAUCAACAAACAAACAAAGGAAAUGGCUUGUCUGAGCACUUCCGGUCGCGUCGCGUACGGUACGCGUCGUCAGCAAACGCACAAAUUUCUCUGUCAAUUGUUCUUGAAUCACAGUCUGCGAGGCCACAGGCACAGCAGCAGCCUCAGCACCACGCCAGGAUUCGGAACCCAUCGGCUGUCCCCUCAACCUCUACAUUUUGGAUUUUUGUCCCGUCGCUUCCAUGGAUUAAAUAUUAAUUCUGGCCCUGCGGCGGUGCACAUGAGCAAGGAUUACUUUGAUUUGUUGCAAAACUCACACAGUGCCAAUGGUAGCUGCGGCCACAACUCGCGCAGAAGCAGCCAUAGAUCCAACAACCUUCAAUACUCUCAGUGCUCCAAGACGAACUAUCGCCAACACAGCUCCGUGCACACACAACAGCCUGCUGGACCUGUGAGAGAAAUACAAAUCGAUCCGUAUAUAAUACUCGAUGAUGAGUUGAAGUACUUCUAUGACGACGUUAGAGACCUGCUGCAGUCAGGCACAUCUCAGUCAGAACUGGACACCAUAGCGUGCUACUACUUUGAUGGCCAGGGCAAGGCGUUGCGUCCCAUGGUUACCAUGCUGAUGGCCAAGGCAAUAAACUAUCACCUGAACAACGACUCACACCAAUUAGUACACAAACAACGACAGAUUGCGCUCUUCUCCGAGAUGGUUCACUCGGCUAGCUUAGUGCACGACGAUGUCAUCGAUCAGUCGGAUUUCCGACGUGGCAAACCCAGCGUCAACGCACUAUGGAAUCAUAAAAAGGUCACAAUGGCUGGUGAUUAUAUUUUAUCGAUUGCCUCAAUUAUGAUAGCGCGUCUGCGCAGCGAUGAUGUGACGAUCGUGUUGAGUCAGAUCUUAACCGAUCUGGUUCAAGGCGAAUUCAUGCAGCUCGGCUCAAGGGAAACGGAGAACGAACGCUUCGCCCAUUAUCUGACCAAGACAUACAGGAAGACGGCAUCGCUGAUCGCCAACGCAUUGAAGGCGACUGCCGUCAUUGCGCAGGCGGACGAGAACGUGGCCGAGGUGGCCUUCCAAUAUGGACGCAACAUUGGACUGGCCUUUCAACUGGUCGACGAUAUGCUGGAUUUUGUCUCCUCCACCGAGACGAUGGGCAAACCCACGGCCGCCGAUUUGAAGCUGGGUCUGGCCACAGCGCCGGUACUUUUUGCAUGUGAAAAGUAUCCAGAGCUCAAUCCGAUGGUGAUGCGGCGUUUUAGCGAGCCUGGAGAUGUAGAGCGCGCCUUCGAGCUAGUGCACAAGUCCCAUGGGCUGGAACAGACGCGUUUUCUGGCCAAGAAACAUUGCAAUGAGGCGAUACGACUGGCUCAGGAACUCACGGAAUCGCCGUACCAAAAGGGUCUGCAAGUGGUGGCGGACUUAGUCAUCAAUCGCAUGAAGUAGAGUGAUUCUGUCACUUAGAACUUACCACAUUUAAGCUUAAAACAGGCAACAGUUUAUGUUAUUUUAGAUUAAGUCAAGUCAAAUGGAAAUGUGGACUUCUGAAUGAGUCCGGGGAAUAAAGACGAGCAAACAAAAGAGAAUUGUAAAGAUUUAGCAAAGGUCAAUAAAUGAUAAACGAUUUAUUAUUUAGUUUGUAAGCGUGUUGUUGACAUUGUAAAUAGUUGCAUUAAAAUUGAAGUUCAUUCGUUGUACAUACAUAAUGUGAAAUGUUGAUUGAAUUUUUGAACAAAUUUUAUAUGCAAUGUUUUGUGAAUUUUUAUAUAAAUUGUAAUGCAUACAAGUAGCUACUUACAACUUGUAAAGCCAACAUAAAAUAAUUUACAACUCUUUGUACAAAUUUUAUGCUUAAACAUCUGUACCAUCAAAAAGAAGAGAAUUAUUCAGCUCAACUUAAAAGAAAAGAAUGAAGGCCUUUCGCAACUAUUCUAAAAUGGUUAAAUUGUUAAAUUCUUUAUAUCGCUUAUAUAAAACAGGAGGAAAUAAAAAAAAAAAUCAAAUUAACUAUUUCAUCAGGAUCAGACCUUAGUUAACCCCAAAUUUUCUUUGUAUUUGAGUUGGAUUAAAAACACAAUAAUUUACGAAAAACGAUUUUUAGUCAAUUGAACAAAAACCCAAAAAAUAAUGGAAAAAUAACGAUAUUUAUAAAAUGAAAAUAAGAUUAUUGAAAAGAAAACAUUUGUAUUUCUAUUUCAAAACUUGUUUUACGAGUUUAAGGGCAUUUCAUGCCUAAAUGGUUCAACUGUCAGUUUUGACAUUUGGCGGAAACUCAUCAUAUUUAAAACUUUAUCUAAAUUUAAACAACUUUUUAAAAACUUUGAACCAUUCGCGCAUGAAAUGCAGACAUUUUUUAUUUAAACAUUAAGCAUAAUAAUACAACACUGUCCAGUCUUAAUUUUAAACAAAACCAUUAGUUUAUGCUUCAAACGCAAUACUAAACCAUAAGCAGAGGGGGAAUCUAAUUUGUUUACAGAAUGCAUGGCCACGAUUUGUGCAAACUACAAUUGUCAGAUUAAGGUAUAUACUAAUGGUCUAUAAGCCAAUAGAAAAUGUGCAAGCAGCGUUUGUGUAAAAUGGAAUUUUUGGUGUUUGUUUAAAAAAGUGUAUAAAUAUUUGGCACCUUUACAGCCGCCCACAAAAAUAAACAAAAUUUCGCACAUAUUGGCUAAUGCUGAUAAUUCUUCUGGGUGCUAUGACCUUUGGCCCACAAAUAAUUAUUUAAAUGUAACAAUGUUGAGAAUUAUUGAUAUUUAUGGUACGAUAUUUGUAUAUUUAAAAAAAGGAAAAUAAAAUGCGAUUUUGUAAAACAAUCAA